GACUUUCUGAGUACUUAGCUUCCUCCUCAAGUCCCUUAUCCGGGACAGAGUGGGAAAAGAAAGCUAAGAGCAGAAAUGUUAAGCGCAAUUUCAGUAACCCACCUUGCACCUUGGACGUCAAUCCAGAAAUUUGGAAAUGGAUCCUUUUCUAGUAAGUUAAGAAGACAAAGGGCAGCAUCAAUGUCUGUGGGUGUUGAAGAAGCAAGUGAAAGCCUCUAUCUGGGGUUGGACUUUGGCACUUCCGGUGCCAGGUUUGCCAUCAUUGACAAGGGUGGCACAAUUCAGGUUGAGGCAAAGAAAGAGUAUCCUCUCUACAAGAAUGGAGAGUCAUAUGAUUGGGUACUCUCGUGGAAGGAGACAAUGUUCUUGCUACUUGAAGAUGUCCCACUUGAGCUUCGCAAACACGUCGUUUCGAUUUCUCUUGAUGGCACUUCUGCAACUACAAUCAUUGUUGAUAGGGACACUGGAGAACCAAUAUGGAGACCUUUUCUUUACAAUGAGAGUUGUCCUGAUGCACUUCCAAUGGUUAAAUCCAUUGCUCCUCCGAACCAUACAGUUUGCACCGGCUCAUCCACUCUAUGUAAGCUCGUCGAAUGGUGGAUCAAUGCCGGUUCAGAUAAAAAAUCAGCUCUUUUGUUGCACCAAGCAGAUUGGCUUUUGUGGCUUCUUCAUGGGAAGCUAGGAAUUUCAGACUAUAAUAAUGCUCUCAAGGUUGGCUAUGAUCCUGAGGCGGAAUCAUAUCCGCCGUGGCUAGUCUCUCAACCAUAUUCUCAUCUUUUGCCUUCAGUUCUUGCUCCAGGAACUCCAAUUGCUUCUUUAAAGGAGGAAAUUGCAAAUAAAUAUGGUUUCCAGAAAGACUGUGUUGUAUGCACUGGAACAACUGAUAGUAUAGCUGCAUUUCUUGCUGCACGUGCCAAUCUACCAGGUCAAGCAGUCACUUCUCUGGGUUCAACACUUGCUAUUAAGCUAUUGAGUAACACAAGAAUUGAGGAUUCAAGGUUUGGUGUGUAUAGCCAUCGCCUCGAUGAUAAAUGGCUCGUUGGCGGUGCUUCAAACACUGGUGGGGCUGUUCUUAGACAGCUUUUCACUGAUGAUCAAUUAGAGGAAUUGAGUGAAUAUAUUGAUCCCUCAAAAACCUCUCUUCUAGACUACUAUCCCCUCCCAAAAACUGGUGAAAGAUUUCCUGUGGCAGAUCCAAACUUGGCUCCAAGGCUACUACCACGUCCAGAGGAUGAUGUUGAGUACUUGCAUGGGAUAUUGGAAUCCAUUGCACGUAUAGAGGCCAAGGCAUAUUCGUUGCUGAAGGAGCUAGGGGCAACGGAGGUAGAAGAAGUUUUGACAGCAGGGGGAGGAUCCAAAAAUGAAAAGUGGACUAAGAUUCGAGAGAGGGUGCUUGGUUUGCCUGUGAGGCGUGCAAAUCAGACGGAGGCUGCAUAUGGUGCUGCUUUGUUGGCAGUAAAGGGUCAUCAACAAAACUAAAAUAUUUAGAAACAAAAAAAAUUAGCAAAAAAAAA